AUGGUUCGCCUCUACGAGGUCACACUGCACACCAGAACAAACAAAUCGUCGUUCGCUGCGCCAUUCAUCCCGAGUCGCAUACCGGUCAAAGACUUUCCGACGCCAGAGAACAUCAUCUUUCCUCUCAGAACAGCUCUCGAAGCACUUGUUCAACACUGUCAUGCUGUCAUCGACGCCGCCACAGAGAUGGAUCCCGCUCUUGUCCUGAGUCUACCUACCUUUGCUGUCGCCCCCACUGUCAUCUAUUCUUUAUAUGUUCUGGUGACUGCUUUGGCUGCCUCCGCAAGUCCGGGAAAUACAUAUGGGCAAUGCUUGCCGAGGAACAGUUUCCAGAUCGAGCAGUGCGGGUUCAAGUUGAAAGGGUUGGCGGCGGGUAUGAAGAUUCUUGAUCCUACUAUGAGCUGUUGGACCACUCGGUUGAUUGAUGCGACGGGAUGGUUGGAAGAGUGGUACAGUGAUUAUGCCACAAUUCUCCAGCGUUACGAGACUUACCUCACCAUAUAA